AUGGCGCCGCAAAAGGAGAAAAAGCCUAAGGAUGCAGAGAAUAAUAACGGGAUACAUAAAUUUUUUCCAGCAAAAGACGGGAAAAAGAACAAAGGCGCAAGUUUAGAAAAAUUGGAACAAGGAAUGAACGAUGGAACUAUCUCUCGUGAAAAACUAAACGCCGGCCUCGAACAAUCCCUGAUAAAAGAUCACACAGGCCAGGCGCCAAUCAACAGUGAACAGUCUUCUCGAUCCAACAACAAUCCUCCAGAAGAAGUCGCACCCCAUCACCCACCCCAUUUUGUUAUAUCGAAACCAAAAGAAACAGAAGAUGUCGAAAUGCAGUACUUGGAACCUAAGACUGCAGAUCAAACUCAUCCCCGCUCGAUCGAAGACGGGAUUUCUCCUGAGGCAGAAGAGCAACGCCAAAAAACACCCGCUCAUCAGUAUUCAUCUGUCGAAAGCGAAGCUCUCCAGAACGAGGUCUCUACUGCUGACCAAUUGGAAGAUGGCUGCUUGGCAGUUCUUACCCCAAAAGAAAAGAAAGGGAAGGGAAGCAAGAGCACCGGAGACAAAGAGUACGAUGAAAAUGUUGUUAUAGAUGGAUGGGGAACCCUGAAUGGCUCGUCUUUUGUCAUCAUCCAAGAUGGUCCUUUCAAAUACGCCUCUUACCGCUUCGAACGGAGAAAGGGCUGCGACUAUCCUGAGGAAGUCUACAUUUCAAGCGAAACAGCACGAAUUUCUCAUAUGAAAGACAAAGGUCCCUCAGGCAAAGAUGUCCCUCGAUACACAAAGGAGAAUUUUGUGGGCAUUUACGGCAUCGUUUGUAGUGACGGAAAAGGAAAGUCUACCUGGAUGAAAGUUAAAUGGAAGAAUAUCAGGUCUGGGGAUGAUGCGAAAUUGGUGAGGGGGUGCUCUUGGGAGCCGAAAUUCGAGCUUGUCCGCUUUUUUGGCGGUCCAAAGGCAACAGAAGAAAAGAGGAAGGAGAUCUGGAGAAAUCAAAAGAAACGGUAUGCAGAUUACCAGAGGGGAGUUGCUCCGGAGUUUGAUUCUCAAGGACGCAGCGUCUAUGGACGUUCGCCGACUCCCUGCCCACCUGAAAUAACGAUAGAGCAAUACCGACAAGAUCAAGAGGAAAAGCAAGACCGAGUUACUGCCAAAAUCAAAGCCGAAACUCUCAACAGCUUCCGGCAGCAGUCAGACAAUCUGCAGUCUGACAAAAGUGCGAUCAAAACCAAAGAGGAAUUCAUGGAGCAGAAAAUGAAGGGUGACGAAUGGGAAAAGCUCAGCGAUCUAGAGAAAGAGAAGCGGAAAGUAGAGCUGGAAGCGCUUUACGAUGUCUAUCUGGAGACCGUGAGAAGCACUGGAGACGGCCCUAGCCACAGGCCAAAGAAUACCUCCAUUUCUGUCAGUUAA